AUGGUUGCCGAGAGCAAACUCUAUGACGUGUUGAGCAUCAAGCCUGAUGCCACACAAGACGAGAUUAAAAAAGCAUACCGGAAGGCAGCAUUGAAGCACCACCCGGAUAAGAACAAGGAUAACCCUUCGUCUGCUGAUAAAUUCAAAGAGGUCUCUCAAGCAUACGAAGUCCUAUCUGAUCCCGAAAAACGAAAGGUCUACGACCAGUUCGGCCUCGAGUAUCUGAUGCGCGGCGGCCCUGCACCUCCCCCACCAGGGUCAGGCGGAGGCGGCCCAUCUGGCUUUGAAGGCGGCAUGCCCGGUGGAUUCAACUUCGGCGGAAUGCCCGGAGGCAUGCCAGGCGGUGGAGGAGGCCGCAAGUUCCACUUCUCGACCGGCCCUGGCGGUGGCGGCGGCUUCAGUUUCAGCGAUGCCAACGAUACCUUCCGCAGCUUUGCCAAGGAUAGCGGCGGCAUGGGUGGUAUGGGCGGCAUGGGCGGCAUGGAUGAAGAAGAUAUUAUCUCCAUGCUCGCAGGAGGACUGGGCGGCGGCGGUGGAGGCGGCGGCUUCCGUAGCAGUCGUCCGGGAUUCUCGAAGCCGCGCGCACCUACCCCUGAACCGACUGUCAUCGAGAAAGACUUGCCUCUUACUUUGGAGGAAAUCUACAAGGGUACCUCUAAGAAGGUGAAGACGAAGAGCAAGGCCUUUGACAAACAGGGCAGGCUCACUACUAAGGAGGUGACUUUGGAAGCCAAUAUCAAGCCUGGGCUGCGUGCUGGCUCAAAGAUCAAGUAUAGAAAUAUUGGAGAUCAGGAAGAAGGAGGACGACAGGAUGUUCAUCUCAUUGUUAAAGAGAUCGAUCAUCCUACUUUCAAGCGUUCUGGUGACAAUCUUAUUACCACGGUCGAUCUCAGCCUAAAGGAAGCACUGACAGGCUGGGAACGCAUUGUCCGCACCAUCGACGGAAAAUCAAUUCGCGUGUCUAAGCCUGGUCCAACCCAGCCGGGCCAUGAAGAGCGCUACCCCGGUCUAGGCAUGGUGAUCUCCAAGAACCCCAGCACCCGCGGCGACCUAAUCAUCCGCGCCAACGUCACUUUCCCCACUAGCUUGACUAGCUCCCAAAAAGAUAUCCUCCGGGAUGUGCUGCCUUAG